ACCCGGCCCCGCCCGCCGCGGGGUCCCGCUCCGCUCCGGUGCCGCCGCCGCUCCGGUGCCGCCGGCGCCUCCCCGCUGGCGGCGGGGCCCUGGAGCCGCGCCCGCGCCAGGGCGUGCGCAACAGGCGGGCGGCCGGCGGAGCUGCGGGAGCCGGCGAGCGAGAGCGGUCGGUGACCGAGCGGCCGGGGGCGGCGAGCGAGCGAGCGGCCGCCCGGGGCCGGGCAUGUGCGGCGGGGCGGCGGACAGGGCGCCCGGGCAAGGGCGUUUGAAGGAAACGUGAAGCGCGGCGGCGGAGGAGGCGGCAUGGACGCGGCACCGGGCCGGAGCCCCGAACCGCGGGAGAAGCCGCCGGUGCUGGACGGGGAAGCGGCGGGAGCACCCGCGGGGGCGGCGGGAGCGGUGCCGGCCUCGGCAGCAGCGGCGGAGCAGAUCGUGGCGGAGGGCGAGGCGGCGGCGGGCACGUUCGUGCAGCGGCAGCUCGGGGCCAUGCUGCAGCCCGCCGUGAACAAGUUCUCGCUGCGCAUGUUCGGCAGCCACCGGGCCGUGGAGAUCGAACGGCAGCGGGUCAAGUCGGCCGGCGCCUGGAUCAUCCACCCCUACAGCGACUUCAGGUUUUACUGGGACCUCAUCAUGCUGCUCCUGAUGGUGGGGAACCUGAUCAUCCUGCCUGUGGGCAUCACCUUCUUCAAGGAUGAGAACACCCCUCCCUGGAUCGUUUUCAACGUGCUUUCGGACACUUUCUUCCUGGCUGACCUGGUGCUGAACUUCCGGACAGGCAUCGUGGUGGAGGACAACACGGAGAUCAUCCUGGACCCUCACACCAUCAAAAUGAAGUACUUGAAGAGCUGGUUCCUGGUUGACUUCAUCUCCUCCAUCCCGGUUGACUACAUCUUCCUCAUCGUUGACCUGGAGACCCAGGUGGAUUCUGACGUCUACAAGACAGCCCGGGCCUUGCGCAUCGUCCGCUUCACCAAGAUCCUCAGCCUGCUGCGCCUGCUGCGUCUCUCGCGCCUCAUCCGCUACAUCCACCAGUGGGAGGAGAUCUUCCACAUGACGUACGACCUGGCCAGCGCCGUGGUGAGGAUCUUCAACCUCAUCGGCAUGAUGCUGCUGCUGUGUCACUGGGACGGCUGCCUCCAGUUCCUGGUGCCCAUGCUGCAGGACUUCCCUGAGGACUGCUGGGUUUCCAUGAACCGCAUGGUGAACGACUCGUGGGGGAAGCAAUACUCGCACGCCCUGUUCAAGGCCAUGAGCCACAUGCUCUGCAUCGGCUACGGCCAACAGGCGCCCGAGGGCAUGACCGACGUCUGGCUCACCAUGCUGAGCAUGAUCGUGGGGGCCACCUGCUACGCCAUGUUCAUCGGCCACGCCACCGCCCUCAUCCAGUCGCUGGAUUCCUCCCGGCGCCAGUACCAGGAGAAGUACAAGCAAGUGGAGCAGUACAUGUCCUUCCACAAGCUGCCUGGGGACACGCGCCAGCGGAUCCACGAGUACUACGAGCACCGCUACCAGGGCAAGAUGUUCGACGAGGAGAACAUCCUGGGGGAGCUCAGUGAGCCGCUCAAAGAGGAGAUCAUCAACUUCAACUGCCGCAACCUGGUGGCCAACAUGCCCCUGUUUGCCAACGCCGACCCCAACUUUGUGACAGCCAUGCUGACCAAGCUGCGCUUUGAGGUCUUCCAGCCCGGGGACUUCAUCAUCCGUGAGGGCACCGUGGGCAAAAAGAUGUACUUCAUCCAGCACGGGGUGGUCAGCAUCCUCACCAAGGGCAACAAGGAGACCAAGCUGUCGGAUGGCUCCUAUUUUGGGGAAAUCUGCCUGCUGACGCGGGGCAGACGGACAGCCAGCGUGCGAGCGGACACCUACUGCCGCCUCUACUCCUUGUCGGUGGAUAAUUUCAACGAGGUGCUGGAGGAGUAUCCCAUGAUGCGCAGGGCCUUCGAGACCGUGGCCAUGGACCGGCUGGACCGCAUAGGGAAGAAGAACUCCAUCUUGCUCCGCAAGCGAGCUGAGCACAGCGCGGGGCCCAUAAACAACGAGAUGAUCCAGCAGAUCGUGAAGCACGACCAGGACGUGGCCCACAACAUCCAGGACCUGCAGCAGAUGGCGAUGGGCCGGGAGCUGAGCGGCAAGCCGGUCAUCUGGGAGCCGCUGGUGCACGCGCCCCUGCAAACUGCCGCCGCCACCACCAACGUGGCCAUCGCCUUGACUCACCAGCACAGUCUGCAGGCCCACAUCUUCCUCCCGCCCUCCUCCAUCUCCAGCCCGCUCUCCCCUGAGGCCACCCUGCUCACCAAGCAGGUGCGCAGGUCCCAGCCCAGCCUGGGGGGCUCCCGGCCCUCCUCGGUGAGCUCCCCGUCGGGGGCUCCGUCCCACCUGCAAACACCGGCCGCCGGUUCGCCUUCCUCGCCCAUGGUCCAGCCCCAGGCGCCCCUGGAGAGCGGGGGGCAGAGACCGAGCCCCGGGGCGCAGCCCCCACCGCGGCCGGCGCAGAAAGCGGAGCUGCCGGCGCCGGCCAAGCAACCCCCGGCCGGUUCCCAGCCCCAGCUCUCCAAAUCCCGCGGCGCCUCACUCUCCACCUCGCUGCUUCAGCAGACGGCGGGGGCCCCGUCCCCCAGCUCGGAGCAGGCGCUGCCGGCGGGGAGAACGCUCCACUACAGCCUGUCCCGAGCCACCGGCUCCCACAUCUCUCUUCUGAUGCAGCCGCAGCAGCUGGUGAAGCACAGGAGCAUCCAGGGGCUGCCGGUGGGGCGGCUCACCCACGACGUCCGGCUCCUCUCCGCCUCCCAGCCCUCCCUUCCCAACAAAGUGGCCCAGCAAAGCGACAGGAGCUCCUUGCAGCAGGGCAGGAAAUCCGCAGGGAACCUGGCCCGCAGAUCCUCUCCCUCGGUAGCCGGACUCCUCGCCAAGCCGUGCCCGGGGGUGCUAGGCCAGCCGGCACACCCGCAGCAGAUGCCUUCAGGAUCGCUGGCUCAAGCCGCUCGCCCCGCGGCGGGAGCGUCCACCCCGCAGUCCCCGGUCUCUGCGUCCAGGCAGGCGGCAGGUCCCUCCCGGAAGGGCUCCGUGGCCUUCAGCCCCGAGGUGGAAACAGGGAAACCCAAACUCCCGUCCAACAUGUGAGUCCUGGCGGCACCCGUGCACAGGCAGGAGGGACCCCAGCGGCGGUGGGGGAGGCAGAGCGCCCGGCCAUGGCCCCCAGCCUGGCUGCGGCGGAGGGAAGAUGAGGUGAGAGGCAGCGCUGGGGACACGGACCGGCUGCUGCGGGCUUGGGGACACAGGGACGGGUGUGGGACCCCGGCUGGAUGAGGAGGGGACCCUGCCCGGGCUUCCCCCUCCUUGCUCCAUCGCCGUCUCCUGAUUCCUGCCCCCAUCCUGGAGGCAAUGGGACGAGGAAGCGCCCUCGCCCGAACCCCGGCCUCUCUGGGGAGCCCGGCUCCCCACAGCCACUCCUCGGGGUCCAGGUCCCCCCGUGCUCUGCCCUUGUGCCCCACGGCCUCUCCGGGGGGCCAGGCCAGCACUGGUGGCUCCUGCAGGUCACGGCACACGCCUGCCUGCAUCCCCGGGAAGCUCCGCCUUUGCUUUUUGGGAGAGGGUGGAGAGGCAGCCCCCCUGGCUGGAGCCCACGGCGGGUCUCCCCGGGCGGGCAGAGUGGGGGUACCCAGGGCCAGCGGCACCAGGUCCCCCCUGGGGCACAAUGCUGGGACCUGGGGGUCCCUGGUGUGACAAGUCAGGGACAGGCGGGUCCCCCACCGAGCAGCUUCUCCCCAGCUUAGGGGAGCAUCUUGCCUUUGGGUGCUGGGUCCCUGGACCCUCACCCUGCUCCGGUGAGGGGGGAACCAGCUGCCUGUGGUUCCCAGGAGGAUGCUCAGCCCGGGGGUGGCUCCCCCCGGCGCUUGGUCCUGUUUCCAAACUGCCUGGAGACGCCGGUCACCAGUGCUGCAGCCAGCGAAAAGGUGUCACGAAGAGAUGCCAACCCCGGGCAGCGCCCGGGUGACACGCGGGGCCACCUCCCCUGUCCCUUCUGGGUUUCGCCAUGGGCGGGCAAUAACCUGGGACCCCCCUGGCCAACCCACUUUGCCCCCCAGAGCCAGUAGUCAGCAGCGUGUGUUCAAGUCGUGGCUCUGCCGAGCUGAGCUCUGCUUCCAGUGUCGCUUUGGGCCAAGCGUGUCACCAGUCCCGGUUAGAGUAGUGUCCCCUCCCCACCCUGCCAUGCUGCGCCAGCUGCUUCCCACCGCUGGACCAGGAACUGUGGCUUGUCAUCGUGUUCUGGGACCCCCCAGACCCCGGCGCGGCGGGCGAGGGUCUCGCUCCACGCGGUCCUUCUCCAAGUGAGGUCUUUGGUUCUCCCCCGUCGUGUUUUGGGAUGUUGUGACCAGUCCGGACCGUGGGGCCGCUCGGUGAGACCCCAUCAGCGUGUCCAUCGCGGGGGGAGUGUCCAGUACUGCCUUUUCUUUCACGGACUCCAGCUCCCCGUGUCCUGCUCCACGCCCGAGGUCGGUGUCUCCCCACAGCCCCUCGGGCAGGGUCUGCAGCCGGGCUGCGUUCACACUGCGUCAUGUCCAUGUCGUAGCGGUCAUCCUAGGUGUCCCCGCAGAGCCACGCGUCCCCCGGCCGGUGGCCGCUGCACCAUCCCCAUGCUGGGAGCCAGGGCCGCCCUGCGCCGCGGUCACCGGUCACCAGUCACCACAUGUGUCACCCGCAAGGGAGGUGGCCAUGGGGACGAGUCUCGCCACCAAAGACCAUGCCCCUUCACUCUUGCACUCACAGCAGUCGAUGUACAGAGCUUGUAGUUUUCAUAUCGCAGAGGAUUUAAAAGCGUUUUUUUAUUUUUUUUCCGGUCCGUUGUACAUAAUGGGUUUAAAUAAUAAAGAGAGAUCCUGAGCUGGG